GAGUAUAAAAGCCUCCAGUGCGAGGAUGCUGACAGAAGAGGCAACUGCAUCAUGUCAGACUUCGACCUGAACGCGCCAAAGUAGGUGGAUGCGGAUUAAUCAGCUCUUUCUUUUGUUUUUUCAAUAUCUCAGACAUUUCCGACUGGAAACCACAAACAAACAAAAGAUUCAAGCAAAAGAAGAAGAAGAAGAAACGCGCAUUUUGGAGCUCUGAUCUCUUAUAAUACUGAAUGCAUGAGGAGAAAGAGAUGGGGAUUUUUGAAGCCGCACCUGCGCACCUGCGAUCUCGAAGUUAUCCCGGUGGAAGAAGUGGAUAGUUUUGCGAAGUAGCUCGCCCUCUUUUCCCUUCCCCGCCUGCAGCCGAGUCAUGCAGGUCGACAACAGCAGCUCCUCUGGAGCUCUGACAGGGCUGUGCGGAGGGGAAGAGGAUGAGCGCAAAAUCUCCGAACUGGUCAGCCCUACGGGUGCAGCCUCCUCUUUUAACCUCUCAUUAAACUGCUGGCUUCACAUACUCUCUCAGGAGUCCUCGUUGGAUCUGCACGGAGACAGCGCCAAUCUGGCAGUACGAGUUGUCAUUGCCCUGGUUUAUCUGGUUGUAUGUGUUCUGGGGCUCGUGGGUAACUUCCUGGCACUCUUCUUGCUUCACUCCCGUCGCCGUGGAUACCACCACUCCUCCAUUGACUGCUUUGUGAUGAGCUUGGCUCUCACAGACCUCCAGUUCGUCCUCACCUUGCCCUUCUGGGCCGUGGACACGCUGCUGGACUUCCGCUGGCCCUUUGGGCAGGUCAUGUGCAAGAUCGUGAGCUCGGUCACCACCAUGAACAUGUACGCCAGUGUCUUCUUUCUCACCGCCAUGAGCGUGACACGCUACCGCUCCCUGGUUACAGCUCUGAAGAUGGAGAGCCCAAGGAGCGCCACCGCUCGGGCCAAGUGGGCCAGCUCAGCCAUUUGGGUGGUGUCUCUGGUGGCCACACUGCCUCAUGCUUUCUACUCCACCACUGUCCAGGUUUCUGCAGAUGACGAGCUCUGCUUGGUUCGCUUCUCUGACUCCGACUCCGCUCACUGGGACCCCCAAGUCCUGCUGGGACUCUAUCAAACACAGAAGGUCCUUCUGGGUUUUGUGGUUCCCCUUAUUAUCAUCUCUGUGUGCUACCUCCUCCUGCUGAGGUUUAUCCUGAGCCGGCGCAUUGUGUGCAGCAUGGUAACCGGGAGUGCCACCGAGAAAUCUGAGUGUGAGAGAGGCCGCCACCGCCGCCGAUCCAAAGUGACCCGCUCCGUCACUAUCGUAGUUCUCUCCUUUUUCAUCUGCUGGCUGCCCAACCAGGCCCUCACCUUGUGGGGGGUGCUGAUCAAAUUUGACUUGGUGCCCUUCAGCAAAGCCUUCUACAACACCCAGGCCUAUGCGUUCCCCCUGACUGUGUGCCUGGCUCAUGCUAACAGCUGUCUGAACCCAGUGCUUUACUGCCUGAUCAGAAAAGAGUACAGAACUGGCCUAAAGGAGCUUCUCCUGAGAAUUUCUCAUGCAGUGCAGCAUGUUUUCUCUCUGUCCCUGAGGGGAAGGAGAGUGGAGGAAGCACCGCCCAGCAUGGUUAUGAUACAUAAAGACAUUAAUAUGUGAUUUAUUCAGAGCAAGAGAAUAGCCUGACAUUUUUGCAAACACAGUUAAAUGUAUUUUGAUUGUGUGUGCUUCAGGGGUGCUGGAAGGUGAAUUUGGUCACUUUCUGUGCUAAAUCAGUCUAGCUGUUUCCAUCUCUCCCCAGUCUUUGUGCUAAGCUAGGCUAAACGGCCGCUGAUUGUAGUCUCAUAAAUAGAACGCACAUCAUCUAAAUGUUAGCAAGAAAGCCAUUACGAAUAUUCUGCCAAAUGUUAAAUAUUUGCUUUGUAAUUCAACUCUGUAUGCCAUAUUCCUUUGGUGUCAUGCGUGACAUAUUAAAAGAAGAAAUAAAGUGUUGAAGUAAGGCAUAAGGCCACUCUGUUCAAGCAGGAGGUUUGUCAUUGAUUCUCAAGGUCUCUGGAACAUAAUCAUGAGUACCAACUAAUAAAUCAGUCUAAAAUCUGACUCAAACAGAGACUUUUUAAGCAAAUCUUGCAGCAAAUUCUGCAACAGCAAAGAUUGUAGAAGUAUCAUUUUUACGGGAAAAAAGGUCUUUAAAACUUUAAUGAGCCAAAGUUAGUAAGCCUUUUAACCAUUUUAAAUAGGUUUCAUCUGGUAAUUCUAUAUAUGUAGUUCCUGUGCACUGGUAACCAUUCAAAUUUGAGUUAAUUAACUUAGGCUUUAAAAAUUAUUUCAUAAUCUUUCUUAGAGUUGUCUGCUUCUCACUCAUUUUCAGUAGAGUCCUUGAACCUGACCAUUUUCAGAGGAGUGUUUGUUUGUUUUCUUUAAGCCACUUAACACUGACCUGUGAAUCACUCGAGUUUAAAACACAUCUAACUCAAGGAAUAAACCAAUGUUGUGUCUACACCUAACAGACAAUUAGCAAAGAACUAGUUUAAAUUGUAUCUUUAGCACUUUGUUACUAGCAUCCUGUUGCAAAAACACAUCAUGUGUUCCCAUUUCUUCAGCUGAAGCAAAUAAGAUAUUCUUAAGAAAGGAAAGCAGCGAGGGAAGGCUGAGGUAUGCCAAAUUACACAACAAGUGCAACAGGUCUUAUGGGGUGAUGAAUUAAUUAAUUUAGCCUGUGCUUUCUAAUAACUCCCCCCGAAGUGUGUCCAGAGGUGCUUCAAGGUUACAGAGUAGUUAGGCUUGCUUCUCUGAGAGCUUUGGUUGAAAUCUAGUGACUGGAAAAUUCACAGUGCAUGACUCACAUCAUUUUCAUAUUCAUCUGCAAUUUUGGUGGGGCCCUGUCAUCCUUGAAGAUAGCAUAACCUUGUUUAACAAAAGAAUAAAGGUGUAUAAUCCUUACUGGCUGCAAGUGGGAGCAGUGGGCCAAAUUGCCCCCCAUAGCAUCACAGAGCCAACCAGUUCCUUUUUCUGCAGGAGUGAAGGGCUCAUGUCUUUCCUCUAAUGCAGCACCCGUGUGUAUGUUUUAUUUUUGUUAUGCACUUCUGUGAAAAAAACUAUUUGCAAAAAUACUACAAGAGACUUUGGGCGUUAUGUCCAUUGUUAAACUGUUCAAUCAGCCUGUGGCCUGUUUCUUUUUCACUGCUGUUUGAUGUUUGAAUAGAUGAUCUCCAAAAUGAUUUGUUUGUACUUUGCGUCUUAAUUCCCCACAGAGACCAUUAUGAGGACUUGUUACAGUUUCAUCAGGAUUAACGUGUGAAAUAUUUUCUUGUGUUAUUGCUGCUAAUUAAUCCACCGCGCAGGAAUCUGCCGGAGAAACUCGUCUCCAGGACAUUUUGGCAUUCACAUUCAAUGUUUGAUGCUCGCCUCUGUGUCUGAUUUCCUGUCCUGCUGUGAAUUGUUUUGUGAAUACACGUGUGUGCUGUGACAUUAAAUAAAACAGGAGAACAAGAGUUUGGUGACAUCUCGGGAAAGUUAAUCUCUCCUGCGGCAUCGCGAAGACAAGGUAAACGAGUCAGCCACACAAAGGCUCUUGCACGUUUUUGCCCUUUAGCAACCUUUAAAUUUUGAACGGAAAACUAUCUUCAGCCACUCGCAGACAGUUCCUGACAUACAAAUACCACACACACACACAUACACAUGAGCUCCACCACACCGUUUUCAUUGUGCGCCACUGUGGUUGUAAUUAUUUCCCAGCCCUGCUUCUUACAUCAAUAAUUACUUGCCUGAUUCAUUCAGCAGGCUCUCUGUGAGCUAUGAUGUUGCUGUCGGGUCACCAAGGGAGCCUGCAUCUUCCAGCUGAGAACAGCAACAAUCACAAGUGCUAUCUACUCGAGAUCCUUACUCUGACUAUGCACUGUUAUUAAGCACAAAAAAGUCUUCUGUUAUUUGAAAGGCUCCUUGAGAAGAACUCACUUCACAACUCAUCGAGAGCAAAACAACAGCCACAGCAGCUACAGUUCAUCCACUCAGACCCUGGUGGGACUUUCUAUUUCAGAGCCAGUUCACAGAAAAACAUCUAAAACAACAGGGUACAAAGCACGCGUGCUCGGCUAUUCAUCUUCAAGUGCUGUACGGAGAGGAAUUUCACAGUCCUGCUGAUGAAAACCACUUGAGGAAGUGUCAUCCGUAAGUGUCCACAUAUGGCCUUCUUGGAUUACUGAUUUAUAACAAGUGACAAGUUUAUUUCCCAGGUGGACACAAACAUUAACACAGCUUAUGUGCUGCAGAAGAAAGCUACAAGGAUCGUAACACCAUCAGAUAUGAAGCGAGCAGCAUGCUUAAAAAAAAAGAGGAUUUAGAUAAUGUCAAAAGAAUAAUGUGCAAAGUAGAAAAUAAUGGACUCCAUAGCUGGAUUCAGUGGUUGUUUGAAAUCACAGAGACACAGUUUGAGCUCAGAGGAACCAUAAUGCUUAAAAAUGCAAACGUAAGGACAAAUAUUAAUCAUAGAUUUAUAUGUGUUGCAUGGGAAACAGAUUUCACCAUCAAUUUUUCAGAAAACUAAAGCUGAUGUUAACUUAACCUGAAAAUGUGUUCAUCAACUUUUUAUCAUCAUCAUGAUGAAGAAUCUGAUCC